CUUAUGAUGGAGGCAUAAACAUAAAGGGCUAAACCACUCGGGUAAGCAAGAAGGCACGUUACCGCAACAGAAGAACGAAUCGUGGAAAAGAGCGUAUUGCCCAUUUUGAUGUCCUUCUCAAGAACGAUCCAGCUAGUGUUUUCAUGCAGUUCUAACCCAAUACUGCUGUUGCAAGUAGUGGCUUGCUAGCUAGCCCAGGGAACUGUAUUUGACUACCGACGAGGAACAUCUUGGAAGCUAGCUAUCCCCGAGGCAGUGGGGCUCCAUAUAGCCAGCUAAGUAAUGCUGCUUGGUUUCCCAAGAGAAGAUGGAUGAAAAGUCCAGCAACAGUCGGUAUUUGCUGGCCUUGUUGAUGGUGCUUUUGUUUGGUGUUAUCGUAUUGCAGUAUGUCUGCCCUGGCACCGACUGCCAGCUACAACUGCGCCUUAGUUCGCUGUUCAAAUCGGGCGACACUGUUUCGGGGACUCGUAGUGGAGGCGGCGGCAGCGGUGAAGUUGCUGGAGGCGACCCGUACAUCGCUGAAGACAGGACCCUCGCUCGUUUCGUACCCCGCUUUAACUUCACCACAAGUGACUUGUGGCGGACGGUUGAUUUCGACAUUAAAGGCGACGACGUUAUCGUUUUCUUACACAUCCAAAAGACCGGGGGCACCACAUUCGGCCGUCACCUAGUGCGUAAUAUUCAGUUGGAGAGGCCGUGUGAGUGUCGAGCCGGCCAGAAAAAAUGCACCUGUUACCGCCCAGGUAAGCGUGAGACCUGGUUGUUCUCACGCUUCUCGACCGGUUGGAGCUGUGGGCUACAUGCCGACUGGACCGAGCUCACCAGUUGUGUGCCCACACGCAUGGACACAGCGGAGGCCCCCAAGACUCAAAAAGUACCCAGCAGGAACUACUAUUACAUCACAAUACUGCGGGACCCGGUGUCACGCUACCUGAGCGAGUGGCGUCACGUACAGCGCGGGGCCACCUGGAAAGCCUCUCUGCACGUGUGCGACGGCCGGGCCCCCACGCUAGCUGAGCUGCCCAGCUGCUACCAGGGCGACGACUGGUCGGGCUGCUCCCUAGAGGACUUCAUGGACUGCCCCUACAACCUGGCCAACAACCGGCAGACGCGCAUGCUCGCCGACCUCAGCCUGGUGGGCUGCUACAACGUGUCGGCCAUGAGCGAGGAGGAGCGCGGCGCGGUGCUGCUGGAGAGCGCCAAGCGCAACCUCAAGGGCAUGGCCUUCUUCGGCCUGACCGAGUUCCAGCGCAAGACGCAGUACCUGUUCGAGCGCACCUUCCGGCUGAGCUUCAUCGCGCCCUUCACCCAGCUGAACGGCACGCGGGCCGCCAGCGUGGAGGUGGGGCCCGAGACACAGCGCCGCAUCCGCCAGCUCAACCGCUGGGACGUCCUGCUGUACGAGUACGCCCACGACCUCUUCCUGCAGCGCUUCCAGUUCGCCCGGCAGCAGGAGCGCAGGCAGGCGCGCCUGCGCAGGCAGCAGGAGAGGCGCCGGCUACGCAGCAGGGGGCAGCAGAGGGCGGGGCUGUGGGGGGGGCACCCGGAGGAGGGGCCGCGGAGGCCGGAGCAGCACGCCCCUCCCACGCUGGUCCAGGGGCAGGGCGAGUGGGGGGACGGGGAGGAGGAACAGCGGCAGGGCUCCUGGCUGGAGGCAGAGGACAACAGUUCGACGGGGGACUAUUUGGGGAACGUGGAACAGUGGCGAUAAUGAGUCAGACGUUAUGGGAGAGUGACAGGGAACACAUGUUGGCUGGCGGAGAAAUACUGAUUGAUGGGCUGAUUUAUUUUCCCAGCCCAUGCAGAAAUUGGACCAAACCUCACCUUCAGUUUUCCCAACACCCACUUUUCCACAGCACUGAAACAUGGACUUACUGGCAGUUAUUAUCACCACAGUUAUUUAUAACAACAAUUGUUACUGUGUGUCCUUUACCA